GCGCGGAGAGCUCGAGCAGCGAGCAGGUGGAGGUCCCGCGGCGGGUUUAUCCGCCGCCGGCUCCCGACUUCAUUUCGUGGGGCUCUCGGUGUUUCCAGAGUCGCCACUGCGCUUAGCCGCAAGCUAACGCUGGCUAACACAAACCUAAUGGCCGAUACAGAGAGAGCCGUGCGGCGCAGCGCUAACAGAUAGCCGACGCGAAGCUAACCGAAAGGUCCAGGGCGGCUGUGAACCGACCCUCAAGCCGAGCUCACGCUGUCUGACCGCGCUGUCCUAUCUGAGCCUGGCCGGCUUCUGAACUAACCAACUCCGCGAGCUUCUUAACUUAUUUUGAUAAGAUAUCAGCACAGCUAAAACAGCUAACGGUAGCGGUCCCUCUUGGUUCGAACAGUAGUUAAACAGCCAGUGGUAGUCGGUUCGGUGGCUUAAAGCCCCGCGGUAGGAGAAACUCGAGUCACACGUCAGUGUUUACUCAAUACAACUCCUGACCUGUGUGGUUUGUUGAUAGCAGCUCAGGCAUGUUUACUAAAUUUAGUGAUUAGAAAAGCUAAAUCAGCGAAGACUUUGGCAGUUCACUACAGAAGAAACCUAGGUCAGGUCAGGUUAUACCCCCUGGGUUCUGCGUUCAGGUCACUGUACUGUCCUUCAGCUGAAAAUCCAUAGUAUAGUGUUGGUCAUGGCACUGAUUGAUUGUAGGUGAUGUCCUGUACACGAGCAGCACUGAUGUGGUGAACAUCACGACCAACACAUUCCAUAAAACCACAAAAACCCCUAAGGCCAACCUAAGCUCCUGCUGGAGUAUAGACUAAAGCGUUCAACAUAAUGGUGUUAUUGAGGCCUUAAUGUUAUGAGGUUGUAUAUCCGGUGAUUAUUUUAUGACAUGUGGUCUAGAAACAUUUCCCCUGGUGGGAAAGUUAAUCAAAUAAAAAAUGAUGGAGUGUCACCGACGUGAGAAGAGUUAAAGCUGUUCUUCCCACAGUUUAGAGUCAGCUAGUAUGUAGUGAGCUUAUUAAAGAUCCACUUUGCACCUAGUUUGUGAUUUUGUACAAGAAAAAUAAUCACUCCUGAUUUCUCUCGAGACUGUGUUGAGGCUGUGUGCACAAAUGCUUAAUUUUCUGGUGAUGCACACUUGAUUUCUCAGUGUUUGGUUUAAGGUUAGCUUUUAGGUUGAAAUUGAAAGUCAGUGUAAACAGGAAAUCAUAGCAUAUAUCUUUACCGUGAGUUGUUUCCAAGUUAAACGUGGCAUCAGGGAGAGUCUCUCAGCUCCCUGAGUGUUUAGCCCAUAGCUGGAUGUGGUGGGAGAGGGAGGUAGAUCACGAUACUGGCAGGUUUGGGAUGUAACGCAAUAAAAGUAUUGGCAUUAACUUGUCAGAAUAAAGAAAUUAAGUAUCUGAGUUCCGUCCAAGUUACAUUUUUGAAAAAGCUGUAUUGAGAAAAUCGUUACCUUUUAGGUUUUUUAGGAGAAUACUUUCACCCACUAGAUUAUACAUGUCGUCUUAAAAAGAAACACCAUCACUGCUUAUUUAUUAACUAUUUAAAAAUUAGUGCACGGUGUGUAAAAACAUACCGUAAAGUAGAACUCAAAGAAAGGCUUCUUUACAAAGACAAGUUUCUGUUCAAGCCAUAGUAGACUGAGGGAUCAAUGUGAAGAGCCAGUUACUGAUCUCAGCAUUACUAAACUCUUUUGAGGGCUGAUGGAACUGAUCAUUUCCUUGGCAGUGGGCUGGUCUCAAGUGACGAGCUCAACAUCGGUGUACUGGACUCAUGUUUACUUGCAUGUCAUUGUCAACUGCAAAUCACAUAGCUACCCACUUAAUAGUCAAAUUUGUGAGAUUUUGUUACUAGGAUAUGAUAAAUUGUUUACCUUCUCAGACGACAGUGGGAUUAUGGAAGCACAGGAGGACUGAAGCAGGCAUUGAAAGCUUUUUAAAAUUACUUUUUAAAAAAAUACAUGACUGAGUGCUUUUAUGACAAUACGGCCAGCCAUCACAGUUUUUUCAUUUUGACCAAAAUAAAAGAUGGAAGUGAUGAGUUGAAGGCUGAAACGUUUUGUGGUGUGGAGUACAGAUGCAACAUCUGCUCUCAAAUCUAUAGCACAGAAAACCAGUUACAGAGACACCACCGCGAUCAUGAAGCUAAUGACAAGCCUCAUCGUUGUGACCUCUGCCCUCAGUCCUUUAACGUGGAGUUUAACCUCCGGCUUCAUAAAUCCACCCACAACACCUCUGACCCCACCUGUCCUGUGUGUGAUAAAAAGUUCUCCAGAGUGGCCAGCCUGAAGUCCCACAUCAUGGUGCAUGAGAAAGAGGAGAACUUUCUGUGUUCGGAGUGUGGAGAUGAGUUUAUCCUUCAGAGCCAGCUCUCCCUGCACCUGGAGGAACAUCGGAAAGAGCUUUCUGGAACCAAGGUGUACACCUGCAGGACCUGCAGUAAAGAGUUCACCUCAGCCACUCUGCUGAAGGAACACAUGAAAACUCACAUCAGGAUCAGACCUAUCUUGAGCAGUUUGAGAAACUACAAGAAGAAUAUUGAUCGGAGUGGCUUCACCAACACGUGUCAUCACUGUGGAAAAACAUUUAAAAAACCCAGCCAGCUUGUUCGACACAUCCGCAUUCACACAGGAGAGCGGCCGUUUAAGUGCACCCACUGUGGAAAAGCGUUUAACCAGAAGGUGGUGCUGCAGACCCACAUGGUGCGACAUACUGGAGAGAAACCACAUCUGUGCAUGCUCUGCCCUGCGUCCUUCUCACAAAAAGGAAACCUGCACUCGCACGUCCAGAGAGUACACUCUGAGAGUUCAGGUGGUCCUGUGUACCCAUGUAUGGACUGCAGUUGUGUGUAUAAGAAGCUCGGCAGUUUAAAUGCUCACAUCAGUAAAAUGCACAUUUCCAUCAUGGAGGUGGAGGAGCCGGCCAGCACACAGGACGGGGUGGAAUCUGGGCAGGGUGGAGCAGCUGAGGCAGCGGAGGGGGUCACUGAUGUCAUUCAGCAGCUUCUAGAGCUUUCCGAACAGGUAACAGGGGACCACGCUCAGGCGCCACCCCCUGGACCCACCAUCACCAUGGAGACAGCCAUCAAUCAGGACAUUCUGCAGCAAGCCUUGGAGAACAGUGGCCUCAGUGCCAUCCCAGUUCAGCCUGACACUCAGACCAGCGCAGGCUCAAGGCCCGAGACUGAAACUGCGACUCCGGCUACAGGGUGCACUGACACACCCAGCCAGAAACCAGCUGUGCCCCAAAAACUGCUGAAGAAGGAGAAGAGAAGCAUCUUCAAAAAACCUAUACAGAUGCCCGGCACCAUCAGAGAGGAGCGCGGGGUGCGUUGGCACGGUUGCCCAUACUGCUCUAAAGAGUUUAAAAAGCCCAGUGACCUGGUGCGGCACAUCCGCAUACACACACAUGAGAAGCCGUAUAAGUGUAAGCAGUGUUUCAGAGCCUUUGCUGUGAAGAGCACGCUCACUGCACACAUGAAAAUACACACAGGCAUCAAAGCCUUCCAGUGCCAGUACUGCAUGAAGUGCUUCUCCACAUCCGGCAGCAUGAAGGUCCACAUGAGACUGCACACAGGAGUGCGGCCAUUCCCCUGUCCUCACUGUGAUAAGAUCUUUCGGACGUCAGGCCACAGAAAGACCCACAUUGCCUCGCAUUUCAAAAACAUUCAGCAGAAAAAACAUAAAUUCCCCCGGAAACCCCAUCGAGCCCGAGCAGCCAAAAGCAGCCUUCCACUGCCAGAUAUACCGCUACAGGAGCCAAUACUGAUUACUGACCUGGGGCUCAUGCAAAACCAAAACCCGCGGGCUGCUCUCCAGCAGUACCUGGAAAUGGUGGAUAAUGACCGGCCAUACAAGUGCACUUUCUGCAGCAAAGCCUACAAAAAGUCCAGCCAUCUCAAGCAACACGUCAGGUCACAUACUGGAGAGCGGCCAUAUAAGUGUGUGCAGUGCAGUAAAGGCUUUGCAUCGUCUGGCGUAUUGAAGGCUCAUAUUCGCACACACUCUGGCCUGAAGGCAUAUAAGUGCCUGCUGUGUGACACCACCUUCACCACCAAUGGCAGCCUGCGCCGUCAUAUGACCACACACAGCGACAUCCGGCCAUACAUGUGCCCCUACUGCCAAAAAACCUUCAAAUCAUCACCCAACUGCAGAAAACACAUGAAAACACACAGGUUUGAAUUGGCUCAGCAACUCCGACAGCAGGGCUCAGCUGAGGCUCAACCUCUGGAAGACCCCAUGGGCGUUGCAGGCACUGUGGAAGACCAGAUGGGUGGGACCAAUUCUGUGAAGGACCCGAUGAGCAGUGCUAACACAGUGGAAGACCCGAUGAGCGGUACCAGAACUGUAGCACAUGACCUGCAGGUAGAGAUGCAGGUGGGGCCGACAGGACUAACUCAGCCCACUUCUGCCAUGGGGGCGGAGCCUCAGGCAAUGCUGCAGGUGGUGGGUGGUGUCCAGCAGGUGGCACUGCAGACACAGCUGGGAGAGGGAACUCUGGUGCAGGAUGCUGACACGUUUGUGAGCACACAGCACAUCAGCCAGUAUGAAACACCAGCUCUUCCACAGCCUGCAUAUGACCAGCCAGCACUGACACAAGCUUUCUCCAUCUCUGAAGGUUUUUCCCAGCAGCCCUCACUCUCGGCCGUGCAGCAGCUCCAAGAUUCGAGUACCCUGGAGUCACAGGCACUUACCUCAACAUACCACACGCAAAGUUUACUGACCACUGAGACUGCUGGUUUACUGCAGGAGUCGACUGAGGGGCAGCUGCAUUUGAUCAGGCAGACACAGCAGUACCAGGAUGAAGAGGAGAGCAACAGGAGAGCCUACAGGUGCAGUAUGUGUGAUAAAGGCUUUAAGAAGUCUAGCCACCUGAAGCAGCAUGUUCGCUCACACACUGGCGAGAAACCAUACAGGUGUAACCUCUGUGGCCGGAGCUUCGUUUCUGCAGGAGUUCUCAAAUCCCACCUAAAUACACACACAGGUGUGAAAGCUUUUAAAUGUAAUGUGUGUGACUCCUCGUUCACCACUAAUGGUAGUCUGAAUCGGCAUAUGAUCAUCCAUCUUAACACCAAGCCCUUCAAGUGCUCUCUGUGUGAAGAAAGCUUCCGCACACACUUGUUACGCAGGAAACACAUGAAGCUUUUCCAUGCCAUCGGGCCCAGAGUGCUGGAUGGAGAAGAAGCAUGUGAGGAGGACUCUGGUGCAGAGCAUUCUGUGAUGAAGAGAAAUCGGGCAGGCAUUAUCACUUUUACAGAAGAGCAGACAGCUGAGCUGGCCAAGAGGGAUCCAGGAGAUGACGCCUCUGUCUCUGAGAAGGUUCUUGUCCAGUCAGCCGCAGAGCGGGACCGCAUCAGUGAGAUGAAAGACAAGGCUGUGGUUUUGGACCUGGAGCCCAAAUUUGCCAAUCGCUGCCAGUACUGCCCAAAAAGCUUCAAAAAGCCCAGCGACCUGGUCAGACACAUCCGGAUCCACACGGGAGAGAAGCCAUAUAAGUGUGACGAGUGUGGGAAAAGUUUCACAGUGAAAUCAACGCUGGACUGCCAUGUGAAGACACAUACAGGUCAGAAGCUGUUUAACUGUCACAUGUGCAACACAUCAUUCUCUACUAAGGGCAGUCUGAAGGUACACAUGCGUCUGCACACCGGAUCCAAACCUUUCAAGUGUCCGUACUGUGAUCUGCGCUUUCGUACAUCUGGCCAUCGCAAAACACACAUCCAGUGCCACCUGCGACAGGGCAUCGAGGGCAGGAAAAUGAGGCGGGGAGGCGAGAGGACUGCGGGUUCUGCCAGUCAGAACCAGCCUCAGGGCCAGGCUCCUUCAGGGCAGCAGGGUUCUGCAGCCCCAGAAACACUGCCCCCUGUUGGCCUGCUGCAUACUGCACCCACAGACCCCAGCAUCUACAUCCCUACCAAUCCCGUCCUCACCGGCCAGUACGAACAGACCCUGCUGCAGCAAGGCAUCGUGGGACAGGCCAUACUGCCUGCCACCAUGUCAGCUGGUGGUGAUCUGACAGUCUCUCUGACUGAAGGUUUAGCCACUUUAGAGGGAAUUCAACUACAACUCGCUCCAGCGAGCCUCCUCUGCCCUAACGUACAGAUCUCCGGAAUAGACACAACAAAUAUCAACAACAUUACACUACAGAUUGACUCCAGUAUUCUUCAGCAGACCCUUCAGCAGAGUGGUUUACUUUCACACACUCUAAGUGGAGAUUCUCAAACACAUUCUGCUACACACCUGCUGGCAACUACCGGUGAAGCUUCAGUUCCAGCCAAUGUCGUCAUCCAGCCAGUCAACAGCCUACCUCUACAGAACCCACCAACUCCAGCCAGCGUUGCCAUUGGCAACCUCACUGAGCAAGACAACACAGGCUCAGAGCAGUUGGCCCAGGUUGUUGGGGGUGGGGCUGGGGGUCCGGAGAUCACUCUCACCAUCAGCAACUCCAGCCUCACCCAAGCUCUUACACACCCCCACACACACUCCGCCAACACACCAGCCAGCAGCAACCAGGAGAUCACACUUACUAUAUCAGGUCAAGAUCUGCUGGCCCAGUCCUGUGGGAAUGCUGGAGCAGAAGUAAGUGGGGCAUUGAGACUGACUACAGCUCAUACCAGUGUCAGCUCUGAGCAGCUCCUCCCACACAGUCCUGCCCCCGCUGGCAUGGCAGUUACGACGCUGGCUCCCAGCACCUCUCUCCCCCAGAACCUUGUGAUGUCAUCAGCAGGCGUGGCCAGUGAUGGCAGUGUCACACUCACCCUUGCAGACACACAGAUGCUGGAUACAGUCACACUCAACCUGAACUCACAGGGUCAGCAGUUUCCAGCUGUGACUGAGCAGGGGUCAGCAGUGCAGCCAGCCAACAACACACAGCAGGUCAUACUGGUUGGCCACCCAGCAGAAAACACACCACAUCAGGAGGGACUCAAGAUUGUGGAAGGCCAGGCUGAAGUGAAGGGGUCAGAGGUGGAUGUCCAGCUGAAUCAGUGUUUUUACUGCAGUCAGACUUUACCCACGGCAAACGCUCUGCGCCGCCACUGCAGGACCAUGCACGGCAAGGAGCGCUGCCAUGUGUGCCGUGUGUGCAGCAAAGCCUUUAAACGUGCAACACACCUCAAGGAGCAUGAGUUUGUUCACCUGAAUGGACCCACUUUGAGCUCUCAGAAGCCGCGUGUAUUUAAAUGCUCCAGCUGUGACAAAGCCUUUGCCAAACCCAGCCAACUGGAGAGACACAUCCGCACACAUACAGGUGAACGACCCUUUAAGUGUUCGCAGUGUGACAAGGCAUUCAACCAGAAGAGCGCGCUACAAGUCCACACAGUCAAACACACAGGCGAGAAACCUUACAAGUGUGAGGUGUGUACCAUCAGCUUCACACAGAAAAGCAACAUGAAGCUGCACAUGAAGAGAUCACAUGGCUAUGGUAAACAAACGGAUGCAGAACGAGAUGUGGGCAGAGAGCAGGAAUGUGUGCCUGAACCACCACAGGCCACAUCAUCAAGAGAUGAAACCUCAGCAGAACUGGAACCAGCUGGAGAUUGGCAGUGUCCAAUUCCCAGCGUCUUCCCAUAAACAAUAAGUACACAUACUCUACAUAGAAUAAUCCUCUGCACAUUCUAAUGCACAAUUACUGUUUAUUUGCUGAAUAAAACAUAAAACUUAAAAUAUGGCCUGUGCAAAAAGCACAUUUCAGUAUGUUAAACUCCAUAUUGCCAUGUUUGUUUUUUCUCUGUAGAGUAUGUGUUAAUCAAUUUUCACUUAGAAAAUCAACAGAACAUGUGAUUUGAUCAGAGGGGUAGCCUUGUGUUAAAUUAGCAGACUGACACUGCAGCUCCCCUUAGCCCAAGCUAAAUGACCCUCUCUGUAAAGCACUCUUGAAGAAGUCUCUAUGGAUCCAAAAGGCUACAGCAGUUCUGGUAUGUCAGCAUCCUUUUCCUUUUUCAAUCUUGGGUUCGCAUACCCCCACCCCAACUUUAAACACAGUACCUGUUCUGCUUGUUUGAGUUUCUGUGUGCACUGAAAAGUGAAAACAGCCAGAAAGAUUUUCUUUAAAAACUCGAUGUAAUUGAAUUAUAGUUGUAUAAAGUGUUUUUUAACUAGUAAACUUAAAUGUAAAUAGAUUCUGGAUGUAGAACCAGCUAACUGAAGUUUUCAUUGUCAGCUAUGUUUAACUGAUGGCUUUGUCGGUGUAUAAAGUUUAAGCUGUAUACUUUGUGGCAUACAUGUAUUUUGUAAUGUUCAGAAGUAUUUAAGAAUAAAUUUUUUUUAAGCAA